AUGGCAUCCGUCAACCUCCAACAAGUCCACGACACCCUGGUGUCGGUCGCCUUCGAGGCGGGGCGCAUGAUCCUCGCGGCGAACCCCAGCAGUAUCUCGACCGACACCAAGCUGAACGCCGUCGACAUCGUCACCGAAACCGACCAAGCCGUCGAGCGGAUGGUCUCGACCCGCCUGCGCGCCGCCUUCCCCACCUUCGCCUUCGUCGGUGAGGAGACGUACCAGGCGGGCGUCACGCGCAUCACCGACGCACCGACUUUCGUCGUCGACCCCAUCGACGGCACGACCAACUUCGUGCACUCGUUCCCGAACGCAUGCAUCUCCCUCGGGCUGGUCGUCGACCGCGUGCCGGCGGUCGGCGUGGUGUAUAACCCGUUCCAGGACCUGCUGUUCACCGGGGUGAAGGGGAAGGGGGCGUUCAUGCAGCGGAACGCGUCGCUGGAGGUAGAAGGCAAGGGCCGCGGGGAGAAGAAGGUCAGGCUGCCGCUGGGUGGGUUGGCCAACCCGCCGCCGCUCGGGGAUCUGAGCUCGGCGCUCGUGUCGAUCGAGUGGGGCAGCCAGCGGGACGGGGAGAACUUUGAGCUGAAGGCAAGGACGUUCCGGAAGCUGGCUGCCUCCAAGGAGAAUGGAGGCGGCAUGGUGGGCGGGAUGCGGUCGCUGGGCAGCGCGGCGCUGAAUCUGUGCGCUUGCGCGGCCGGCCAGUUGGAUAUCUACUGGGAAGGGGGCUGCUACGCGUGGGAUGUCGCGGCUGGGUGGUGCAUCCUGAACGAGGCCGGCGGCAUGAUGGCGAGCGGGAAUCCCGGGGAAUGGGAAACGGAGCUCGAUUCGCGCGUGUACCUGGCGGUGCGUGGCGCCAGCAGAGGGCAGAAGGAGAUCGUGGAGGAGUUCUGGAGGGUCAUCGGGGACGGCAGGAUGGAGUACAAGCAUUAG